AGGGUUCUUCUCUCUGAUCAGUGAUCACUUCUCCGACGCAGAAAUGACCAAGUUCAGGAAGCUUGGCCGGCCGGCGGGUCACCGUAUGUCCAUGCUCAGGACAAUGGUUUCUCAGUUGGUGAAGCACGAGCGUAUUGAGACCACCGUCACUAAGGCUAAAGAAGUCCGUCGUCUUGCUGAUAAUAUGGUUCAACUCGGCAAGGAGGGUACACUAGCUGCCGCAAGGAGAGCAGCUGGUUUUGUGAGAGGAGAUGAUGUCCUUCACAAGAUUUUCACUGAAUUGGCAUAUAGAUACAAAGAUAGAGCUGGUGGAUACACAAGACUGCUCCGUACUCGCAUACGAGUUGGUGAUGCUGCUCCAAUGGCCUAUAUCGAGUUUAUUGACAGAGAGAACGAGCUUAGGCAAUCGAAACCAGCAACACCUCAACCACCACAACGAGUGCCGUUGGACCCAUGGGAAAGAUCCCGGCUCACCAGGCAGUUCGCUCCACCUAAAGAGGAGAAAAGCUCUGAUUCUGAGCUGUAAUGUGGCAUAAUAAAUUUCCCUGUCCACCAAAUAUCUUGUUUUUGUCUCAAAAUGUAUUUCGUGAUCAUUCAUCAUUUGCUAGAAUAUGUUUUCACAGAGGCAAACAAUAAAGUUAGCAUUUUUAU